AUGGCGGCCUGGCUCCGCGGGUUCUUCCUUUUCUUGCUCCCCUUGGCCCUGGCAGAAGCAGACUUGCCAUGUGAGGGCUUUGAGGUGAUGGAGGGCUUUGGUCUGGUGGAUGUGGAGGCCCCCAGUGCGUUCGGAGUGAGAGUUAUGCAGGUGGAGGAGAAUAUGGUGUCUGAUGAAGAGUGCUGGAGGCAGUGCUGUGGGAUGGCCAACUGUGACCUGGCUGUGCUGUCCAAUGGGAAGUGUUAUCUCGUCCGAUGCAACGUCAAAGGGUUCAACAUGUGUGAGCUGACCGCCCAGGAGGAGACCAAGUCCUACCGCAGAGUGGACGCAGGGGCCCAGCCCAAGCAGGAAGAUUUCUGCCUCGCGAUAGGUGAAACCGGACCGUGUAGAGCAUAUUUUAAAAGAUGGUGGUAUGACGCAGAGACAGAAACCUGCAAAAACUUUACUUAUGGAGGCUGCCCAGUGAACCUGAACAACCAUGAGGGAGAGGAGGAAUGCAUGGGGAAAUGCCACGGUGUAAAAGUAACAAAAGCUGAGAUCAAUCCUACACCUGAACGUUUGGUUGCCGACACUCCUCUUUCAGAAAUGUGCUCAGGCCCCUCUGUAACUGGCAAUUGCCGAGCUGCUUUUCCCCGAUGGUACUUUGACUCUGAUUCACAGUCUUGUCGCACCUUUACCUAUGGUGGUUGUGGAGGCAGUAAGAACAACCACAUGUCUGAAGAUGAAUGCAUUGAUAAAUGUGUUGUUAAAAAGCCAGAACCUGCUGCGGCCCAGUCCCCCAAAGUUGGAAACUUCAAAGAGUACUGUGCUGCAGCUCCUUCAACUGGCAAUUGCCGUGCUUCCUUUACAAGAUUCUACUACGACCCCACCGAAAUGAAUUGUAAAACAUUUGUUUAUGGGGGCUGCAAGCCCAACAAAAACAACUACCUCACAAAAGCUGACUGUCUGAAGAUGUGUGAAGGCCGAUCAGAAGAAGACGACAGCACUCUAGAUCAUCAUUUCAUACAUCGCUCAUUAACUUCUGUGGUACUGCCAAUUCUCCUUGCAAUAAUGGCUGCCUCCCUGUUGGGUGUUAUGAUCACGUUCUUUGUGAAGAUGGCCAAGAAGAAUCAGCAGAACUCUGAUUUCCGAGCCAUGUGGAACCCCAUUGAUGACAAAGAAUGUCUGAUGAACAGUGCCUACAAUCUGUAG